AUUACUGGACUUGUAGGACUACAGACAAGCUUUGUAGGACUGUUUUUUGUGCGGUGCUGUUACAAUAGAAAUUGCUUGCAACAGUGACAUGAAGCGUAGGACACAUAGAACUGUUACUUGACCGCAUAAAGACUUUCAGUGUUAUCCACAUUAUUACUUCGGAUUGAAGAGCUUGCGAGGAAGAAAUGAAAAGUCAGGAGCCUUGUGUCGAUGAAGAUGAAAGUGACUCGGAAUCCGUAUAUUGUUGGUGGAGAGCGGCGGCCAAGUUUGAUGAGUGUGCAAGGAUAAGGUUUGACCUUCCCAACGUCUCAAGCCUGACGCCCAGAAUCAGACUGUUUAGGGAGCUGGAGAGAUUGGCUUUAAUUGCGUCUGACGGGCUUCAUGAGCUUCGACAGAAGCUUCACGGGUACCGUUCGGGUGAUUUCUGGGUCCCUACUGGAGGAAUUAAGAAGGAAGACAUGGACAUCCCACCUGUGAACGCAUUACUCUUGGUAGGGUUCUCUGGUUCCGGCAAGAGCUCGCUUGUAAACCUUAUGUAUAGUGUUCUUGGUCGGUCUGGACUCAUACCCUUUGCUCAAACAUCUUCAGGAAAUUGUUCCAAUCAGACAACUAUGUACUUGGAAGAACACAAUGUGUUGAGAUCAAUGCGAAAUGGGUUCUGCGUUUAUGAUUCAAGAGGGUUCAAUUAUGACCGGCCGAAAGAGGCUUUGGAUGAAUUGUCAAGUUGGAUAAGUGAGGGUGUUCACCAUAACCAGCUAUGUUUUAGGUACGGUGACUUUUCACUGAUGACAGAUGAGAUGGCGAAUGCUGUAAGAACAUCUUCGAAUUUCCUGCAAAGAAGAGUGAAUUGUGCAAUGGUGGUCGUAAACAUGGCAGAGGUCUACAAAGCUUUCAAAGCAGCUGAUCUUAAGCCCUUAGAAGCUACUAGACAGCUCUUCUGUUCCUCUGCCCUGCGCAAAUGCAAUGAGAACCCAAUGUUGAUCUUGACACACGGUGACUUGUUACCAACCGAGGAGAGGAUAGAGGCCAGGCUUGUAAUUUGUGAAUGUUUAGGCGUUUCAGAGAUCAAUGGAGUGUAUGACAUUGUGUGCCUGACAGAGUAUGGAUUUUUAGCUGAACAAUCCGAUCCGGUCUCUGCCUACGCCUUAACAGAAGCUGUUUACAGGGCAUUACUGAUCUCCGAUAGAGGCCACUGUCCAAAGAAAAAGCUUCUGGAUUGGGUAGUGCUGGUAUUGUCCUGGCUAAUGUGCUUCGCUGGAGCUUUCUUUGCUUUCCUUGCUGACAUUUGCACCAAACUCGGACACACAGAUCAUAAACUCAAGAGGUGAAGGAGAGAUCAAAGGAUUAUUGUCGAUAACAUAGGUACUAGGAUAAUAAUGUGUUCUUCCUAAUUCUAGUUUUAGAAGAGAUGACAACUAGAGAUUAGCCAACUUGUUGACUUGUAAUCUAUAACAAUUAGGUUGUAGUUAUAUGUCUCUAAUUGAUGUAUUAAUUUGCCACUAUGGUGGACAGUAAUGUGAUCUAUAACAUAAUUUCAAGUAAUAAAAUUUUUUUUACCUC